UAAAAAUAUACUUGGAAUGGUGGGCUCUCCAGCGAAUGACACACAUUCCCGGUAUAGUACCUAACCCAGACAUCAAUAAUGUUACCAGGAGAAAGUAAUCAGCUCGUAGCAACUGAGGUUUCGUGCGUAGCUGAUGCACCCAAGAUUUUGUGUAUUAUUCGAGAUACUACCAAUCCACAAUGGCAGACAUGCAAUAUUACGAUAAAUUUACCAGCCAGUUGCCCUUGUCGUGAACUACACGAUGAAGUUGCUCGGCAUGCUAACUAUGAAACAGACAGUUUCUCAUUGGUGUGGAUCAGGGGAGGGCAAGACACUGAUGAGAUUUUGCUGAAUGGUCUUGGUGAGAAGACGCUAUUGGAAUGUGGAAUGCAGCCUAAUAAAAUUAAAAACUACCUCCAAAUAAGAGACAGAGAUGGGGAACAGCCAAUACCCAUACCAGUCAGUAAGGAUGUAAGUACAUGUACAGAAGAAAGCAUAUCAUGGAUGCAUCAUCAUCUAUAUACAGUGCUAGUGACUAUCCAUAUUCCUAUACUUAUUACAUCAGCAGUCAAGGUAGAUACGGGUUUUGUAGGACUAGUGAAUCAAGCUAUGACCUGCUACCUCAACAGUCUGCUACAAACACUUUACAUGACCCCAGAGUUCAGGAAUGCCCUCUACAGAUGGGAGUUUGAUGCUACUGAAGAGGAAGAGAUGACAAGCAUCCCGUUUCAACUCCAAAAACUGUUUAUACAAAUGCAGACUAGCAAGAAGAAGUCAGUGGAGACGACGGAAGUCACAAAAAGCUUUGGAUGGGACAGCAGUGAAGCUUGGCAACAGCACGAUGUGCAGGAACUAUGUCGUGUCAUGUUUGACGCUUUAGAGACAAAGUUUAAGAACACAGAACAAUCUGAUUUGAUUAAUCAGUUGUACCAAGGCAAAAUGAAAGAUUAUGUCAAGUGUUUGGAGUGUGGUUAUGAGAGUGCAAGAACCGAUUCCUUCCUUGAUAUUCCUCUAACCAUUAGACCAUUUGGUUCAACACAGUCUUUUUUAAGUGUGGGCCAGGCACUACAUGCAUUUGUCCAACCAGAAACUUUAGAAGGUAGUAAUCAGUAUUUCUGUGAGAAGUGCAAUAAGAAGUGCGAUGCUCACAAAGGAUUGAAGUUCUUGAAGUUCCCAUAUUUACUAACAUUGCAACUGAAACGAUUUGACUUUGACUACACUACUAUGCACAGAAUCAAAUUGAAUGACCAGAUGACGUUUCCAGAGAUUAUUGAUCUAAGUCAUUUCAUCACAGAUGAUAUUAAGAACAAGGUUGAUGCAGAUAGCAAUACUGACAGUGGUGCUGAAAACGAGGACAGUUCCCAUAGCAACAACAGCAGUGACUGUCAGCAGGAUGGUGUGGAUGAAGGCAUUGAUAUUAAAUCUACAAAUAGUGAAAUGGCUAAUGAACAAAGUAGUGCCAGCAGUGAAAUGGCUAAUGGACAAAGUAGUGCCAGCAGUGAAAUGGCUAAUGGACAAAAUAGUUCCAGCAGUGAAAUGGCUAAUGAAAAACAAAGUGCCAGCAGUGAAAAGACUAAUGAACAAAGUAAAUCACAACAAGAUAAAGGUCCAUCAUAUGAAUUAUUUUCUAUCAUGGUGCAUUCUGGUAGUGCUGCAGGGGGACAUUAUUACGCCUAUAUCAAAUCUUUCACUGAUGGUCAGUGGUAUUGUUUCAAUGACCAACACGUCACAACAAUAACGCAAGAUGAUAUCAGGAAAACGUAUGGCGGCUCAGUGAGUGGUUACCGUGGUUACUACUCCAGCGCCUAUUCCAGCUCCACCAAUGCCUACAUGCUAAUGUACAGGCAAGUGCAACCUGAUAAAAACAAAGCAUUCAUCAAGGAAAGCGACUUCCCUCCCCAUAUUGUAUCACUGGUAGAAGACUUGAAACAACAGGAAGAAAUUGAAAAAAGACAGCGGGAAUUAGACCGCAACACUUGCAAGAUAAAGCUGUUUGGAUUUAAUUCAGAUAAGAAUAAGACUUUGGAGAGAAAGUUAGAAGUCCAUAAGGAUAAAACUUUGAAAGAAGCCACAGAAUUAGCGCACAAGUUGUUGGAACUUGAUGACGUGCCACUCGAAUUAUGUCGGCUCAUUAAAUACGACGAGUUCCAUGAUUCAUUAGAGAAGUCAUUUGAAGGGGAAGAAGACACCACGAUGGGAGUGUUACUCGGUGGGGUCAAAUCAACAUAUUCCUUUGACUUACUCCUGGAGACGAGAAGAGCCGAACAAACAUUCCAAGUGUAUAAGCCUGGAGGAGUUACGGUGAAAGUGUAUGAAGUGGAUAUCUUGGCUGAUAUCAUCCAUCCCCCUAUCACUGUGCGAGCUCACUUAGAACAAACAGUGCAAGAAUUCAAACAGUUACUAGCACAGGUUACUGGUAAAAAUAAUGAAAUGCGUGUGAUAUUAGAAAGGUAUUACAACGAUUUACGAAUGUUAACAGUACCUAAUAAAACCCUUAAAGGUGAAGGGUUUUUCAGAAGCAAUAAGGUGUUUAUUGAAUGUGAAGACAUAGAAGAUGCAUUACUGCCAUUGCUGGAAUCAAGGCUGUAUGAAAUCAUAGACCGCCAUGCUCACACAAUACGUGUCUUUAUAUCACUACCUCAUACAGUACCAGAUGUUGAUGACAGUGACGCCAUGCAGGUAAUGAGUGAAGAACAUGCUGUCAACAUUGCUCAGGACCACCACAGGCCUGACAGCAUCACCAGGGAGAGGCCUGACACCAUUAAGGACAUCCUACAAUCUAACGAUGAUAUCACCACAGAUGUUGUAAGGUCUGUGGCGGAUAAACUAAGCCAGUUGAAUUCAGGCUCCACAGACAGGACGAUAAGAGACGAUGGCACAGAUCAAAGUGCUGGCGAGAACUGUAGCAAUAAUGGAACAGAUACAGUCGAGACAGCGUCUGUGAGUGAUUCGGAUCAUAAUAAUCAAAACAAUGUUGAGAGUACGUUAGCUACUGUGGAUAAGGCUGUUUUGAAUAAGGAGAAUGUGGCUAGCGGUGACCAUAAUAGCAGUACAAUAACUGGUGCCUCCACUCGUAGCAGUGCUGCGUGUACACAGGAUGCUAUACAUGGAGAGGAACUUAUGUUCAGUGAUCCACUGAAAGUUACAGAACAGUGUAAAAUUAUGCACUCCGUCGAUGAUACUGCAGCUUGCAAACAACGUGGCAUCGAUAGCAUGCAGGAGAUAUCCACGAGAGCGCGGUCCGCGAGUGCCCCAGUGCAGACUGCCAAAUACAGUGAUUCCGAAAUUAACUCUGAAGUCUCCAGCGUGUGUGACAAUUGCAAUAAAGUGGCACUUCCAGUGCAAGAAGUGCAGCUAUGUGCUUCUGGUAAAGAAACUCUCAGCAAUACGGUAGUUGAUAAUACUGAAGCCAAAGAAAAAAGGAACGUUAAAUCAAAGAAGAAAUCUUACAUCAAAAUUGAGAAGUACAAACAUGAUGAUUCAGUACUAAUGGUGUGUCUGGACAAGAGAGUAUCACUUGGUAUCUUAAAAAAAUCCCUGGAACCCUACGUUGGUGUCGCAUCUCCUGAUUUUAAGGUAUAUAGAGUAUAUCCUAACAACCAGGAGUUCGAGUGUGUGCGACUUAAUGAGAAUCUGACAUCCUAUGGUGAUGAUAGUAAAAUAGCAGUGAGACUCGGAAGAGCUCUGAAGAAAGGUGAAUACAGGGUAAAAGUAUACCAACUUCUAGUAAACGAUCCGGAGCCAUGUAAGCUGUUAUUUGAGUGGAUAUUUGCAAAAGGAAUGACAGUAUUGGAAUCCAAGCAGCAAAUCAUAGAAGAGAUGAAUAGAAUGUACGAUACAGAUACACCUGUAGAAAGGUGCCGCAUGAGAAAGAAAACAUGGAAGAAUCCAGGCACAAUAUUCCUAAAUGAUCAGAUUUAUGAAGAUGACAUCCCAAUUUAUUCAAAUUGGGAGAUAUUUGUAGAAAUACUACCAGGUAUAAAAAAAAUGAUGUCUAUGGCACAGUUGUCCUUAUUUUCCAAGCGAUGGCGGCCUUCUGAUCUAUCCCUGGAUUCAUUUCAGGAGAUAAUCCUGGAAAACUCCACUGUUGAAGAGCUGAAAAAGAGGCUUUCCGAAGUAAGUGGAUUGGAUCCGGAAGUCAUAGAAUUUGCUAAAGGAAGAGGAACAUUUCCAUGUGAAGUACCUAUAUUAGAUAUGCAGACAGAGUUAGAAUGGGAACCACCAGUGUUAUUACUCAAUGUUAAUCCUUUGUAUAUAUCGGAUGAUGGCCAAGUUAUAUAUUACAGAGAUAACCGUGAAGAACUGAAAGAAAUCUCUGAUGAAGAGAAAAAAUCCAUCCAGAAAAAAGAAAAUGCAAAAUGGGUGAAUUCAACGCAACGUGUAACUUACUCUCCGAAGAAGGAAAGAGCACUAAAGAUCUACACUGACUCUUCUCCGCCAACUCCAAAAAAUGAAGACUAAACUAUGAAUUCAACAUUUACAAUCUGUUCUGGUAGCAGGCUUGGGAAUUGCUGACUGCUUGGAUAUAUAGUUACAUCAGAAUAUUUGUGUUGACCCUUGAACCAAAUGUGUGAAAAUAAACAGUAAUAAAUCCAAAAUUUUUUGAUAAAGACGAAGCCAAUCAAUGGUGAAAUGACCUAUAAAUUUAUAGUAAGGCUGCUUUGCCAUGCAGGAGAUACUUGUAUCUAACUCUUGAUAUAUCUGACUGUCUGUGUUUUUUAAUCUGAAGAAUAUUCCCCCUCAUACCAGUGACUGUUGUCAUAUGAUUUUUUGAUCAUGGCAUUCUUUGUUAUUUGAAACAACCAACGAAUAUUUUGGAAGAAAUGUUUUCUUCUAUUUAUAAUGGAGGUUGAUCAAUUUAUUUUCCCAAAACCAUCCAAUCUUUAAUUAUAACAUAAAAAACAACAACAUUGAGAGUGCAGUAAACCAGACAAUUUUUCAGAAUAUGGGAGAUACUCUAUUGUUUCAAUAUGUCGCAAUACUAAUACAUGGGGUAAUAUAUACUACAGACUAUUUGGUACAAGCCAACCAGCUAACUUUCCCUGGAUUGUUUGGUCAAUAACCUUGGGUCAAUUGGUUAACAAUACUCUGGGUUACUCUGCUAACAUUACCCUGGGUUACUCUGCUAACAUUACCCUGGGUUAAUUGGUAAUUCCCUAGGUUACUUCGCUAACAUUACCCUGGGUGACUUGGUUAAUACCCUGGGCUAUUCUGCUAACAUUGCCCUGGGUUAAUUAGUUAUUACCCUAGGUUACUUCGCUAACAUUGCCUUUUGUUAUUCUGCUAACAUUGCCUUGGGUCAAUUGGUUAAUGCCCUGUGUUAUUCUGCUAACAUUACUCUGGGUUAUUUGGUUAAUACCCUGGGUUACUCUGCUAACAUUACAGUGGAAUAUCUGGUAUAUACCCUGGGUUACUCUGCUAACAUUACAGUGGGUUAUCUGGUUAAUACCCUGGGUUACUCUGCUAAUAUUACAGUGGGAUAUCUGGUUAAUACCCUGGGUUACUCUGCUAACAUUACAGUGGGAUAUCUGGUUAAUACCCUGGGUUACUCUGCUAACAUUACAGUGGGAUAUCUGGUUAAUACCCUGGGUUACUCUGCUAACAUUACAGUGGGAUAUCUGGUGUAUACCCUGGGUUACUCUGCUAACAUUACAGUGGGUUAUCUGGUUAAUACCCUGGGUUACUCUGCUAACAUUACAGUGGGAUAUCUGGUUAAUACCCUGGGUUACUCUGCUAACAUUACAGUGGGAUAUCUGGUUAAUACCCUGGGUUACUCUGCUAACAUUACAGUGGGAUAUCUGGUUAAUACCCUGGGUUACUCUGCUAACAUUACAGUGGGAUAUCUGGUUAAUACCCUGGGUUACUCUGCUAACAUUACAGUGGGAUAUCUGGUUAAUACCCUGGGUUACUCUGCUAACAUUACAGUGGGUUAUCUGGUUAAUACCCUGGGUUACCCUGCUAACAUUACAAUGGGUUACUUUGCUUACAUUACCUUGAAUCACUUUGUUAAUCAUACUCCAGUGUUUCAAAAGUGUUUCAAAACACAUUUCUCUAGUAUGCUUUACAGUGUUAUUCAAAAGAAUACUAUCUGAUAUUUUCACAUUCAAAGAAAAAAGAUUAAGUGUCAUCCUCGUUGUAAACUGACUUUCAAGCAAAUUAUUUGUCAAAAUGCUGAUGGUCACCGUCUAAAAAACAUGACCAUAGCCCCCAAUUGACGUAGCUUAUUGUAAGACAAGUACUGAUUGAUUGCUUGGUACAUGUGGACAUUAUAGUAUGAUGUCAUGUCAUAUUGAUGUUACAUUCUAUGUUUUUUAAAGCCAAAAUCUAAUAAUGAAUAAACUUAAAUACAA